AUGUCUAAGCGUACUUUGUCUCCUUCCACCUCCUCCCGUCAAACUCGAGCUUCCACCCAGGCAAUCCUACCUGACGUCGACCCCGAACUUCUCAUGCGUCAAACGAAAAGAAUGAGAAUUACUCCCCAAAUUCCUGGUACUACCCAGACUUCCACGGUUGACGCUUCUCGAAGGGCUCUCGACACCAUUAAGGAUCGAUAUCAAUCCGGUCCUUCUCGCGAUCAACAAUCGUCUCAUCUUGAUGACCAGGUCAUCGAGCAAUAUUUCGACUUCGAAGGGGGUGCUGGGCCAUCUGCCACUGGUGAGAACCUAUCUCCCGCCAAAUCCGUCGACUCCGAACACCCUACCGUCGUCGAAAAUGAAAAUUCUCCCGGUAAGCAACCCACUGGUCCUCCUUCUGAGGCUUCCGACGAACUUGUGGAGGUUCCCGAAGAACUUGGUGACAUCUUUCACGCCCCUCGCAAGGUUACCGUCAACCAGGAACUGGUUAAGUUGCUCGAGGAUCGAAAAGACUCCGAAAUCGCUACCCUUUGGGCCAGCAUGACCUUCCCCUCUGUUCGUCUCGCGUUGAAGAACGAAGCUCUGGACCGUUUCCGCGAAACCAACGCCAUCAAGCCCACUGUAAAGUGGUUUAAGAACGCUCUCGAUCGUUUGGCCCAAGGUUGGCGCCUCCGCAACAAAAAUGGUGCUGUUGUUCGGCUAGAGGGUGAGCUCUGUACCGAUUGUCAACGUCGUCUCGAUGGUGGCGAAGACUUUCGUGUUGGUUGUAUUGGCCCUCGGUAUUGUUGUGGGAGCAAGAACGGUCACUUCCAAGGUUACUUUUGUCCUGGAGCACGAGCUUUGUGCGGCUUCGGUCCGCUAUCGAUCCCUUCCUGCCCAUGA